AUGGAAAAUACACCGAUCACAUGCAGACAUUCGGAAAGAGGUAUUUGUACCAGGUUUGAAAGUCGGAGUUCCAGAAAAAUAAAGAAAUCAAAAUUUCAGGUGCUCUCUCAGUCAUACUUUUGCCAUCAGCAAAGCAGAGGAGAAGCGGAUGCAAGGAAAAAGCAGUGAGUUUAGAAAGUAUUAGGUUACCUUUGCCUACUGGGUUAAUUAAGGUGUGCCAGCAAACGAGGCCAGCAGCAAUUUGCCAAGAGAAGCUUCUCCUAACGAGGUUCAGCCGACUUGCUUUUCAAACGAAAUAACCGAGCAUUUCAGGAAGUUGUUCGCAUUUUUCCUAUUAAUAGCCAAUCGGAUGAUGAGAAUGAGGUAUUUUGAUUAUCAUUAAAAAUAAAAGCACGAUUCGUUGUGAGCUGAUUUAUGCGAUAAAGUUUUAAAAAAAUUUCAUUUUUGUUCUUUUUCUCAAGGUUUUUUUUUCUCGAAAUUGUUGGCACUAUGGAAACUAUUUUGAGAUUAAUUGCCUCAGUUUUGCCUGGGAAGGAACAGUUUCGUUAGAUAAUCAUCGAAAGUCACGAAAAAAACCCCCGAGCGACGACCUAAAAAGUUAGCAAAACAAAAAAAUUUGCGCCAAAGUUUGAAUUUUUUUCCUUAUAAUUUUUUUGAAGUUGAAUUGAAUAUUUAUUGAAAAACAACAUUCUUGCUAACAACAUACAAUUAGAGAAGAUUUAGAAGAGAAAGUUCAGAACACACCGUACAGCGCUGAUAUUCGCUCCGACAUCUACCAGCCGAUUCAAAUUCAAGUUUUGAACAAUCAGGAUGAAGGACCAAUUUCCGUGGUAAAAAUUUUUCUUGUUACAAAAUAACUGUGAAAAAAAUAUUAUUUGCUCUUUCUAAUUUUAUCAAAUUUGAGGGCGAUUUCUAAACUAUAGAAGGUUUUUCAAAGAAAAAAAGGCUACAUUAAAUGGUUAAUACCAGUUUUUGUUAUAAAAAUGAUUUGAUCAAAAUCAAAAAGUAAAAAAUUGAAGGCAAAACAAGACAAAAUAAUUUAAUGAUAACCAGAACAAAAUGCAGACUCUUCCGCUAAGCGAACCACCGAAUUGGUUGAUGCGAAUGUUCGAGUCUUCGUUGUUUGACGCGCCCAUGGCUGUACAGUAUCUUUUCAUGACAAGUGAAAAGCCUGUCCUUUCUUACUUAGGUGAGAUUUGACAGUCAAAUUAAUCAAAAAAAAAAAGAUUUUCAGGAAAGCGAUUACUUGGGCUCCCUGAGAAAGAACUGGAUUUUUUCCUGCCCCAACUAAUCAACAUGUACAUCCAUAAGAUGGACGUGGCCAGCACAAUUCAUGCAUACAUCGAAAUGAGGUUUAUUAAUUAAAUUAAUUAGGAGUUUAAACUUAUUAAUUUUAAAUAAUGUUUUUCACCUAAUGUCCUUGAUUUUUUUUUUUGAAUUGUUUUAGAUUAAUUGAUUUUUUCAAACUUUUUUGCUUUACAGAUGCAAAAAAUGCGUUCAUUUCUCCUUACUUUGUGUUUGGCUAAUAGAACGUUUCACCAACGCACCUCCAGCCAUUUCUUUCGGACACAGUCAAAUGUUGAGGUUCAUCGCGAAAUUCUUGCAAGAAUAACUUUUCUUUUCAUUUCAGAAAAAUGAUCUUGGACGAAUUCGUAAACGACUUAAAGUGCUCCAGCAAAACAUCAGAAACAGAGUGAGUAGACCUGAAUUUUAUCACCGUAUUUUUCAAUAAUCAGGUUCAACUCAUUGGAAAGGAAAAUCUCAACCCUAUCGCCCGUUCAUUCUGCGUCUCGUAAGAUUUUAUAAAUUGCGAAGCAAAAGUGGGAGUACAGAUCCAAUGCUCACGGAGCUCGAUUCGACGAAAGGAAUGCCUCGCAAAAAUCAAACAACCUCAUUAUCGCCUGAAAAAUUCCUCGAUUUGGCUCUUCACAUUGGUAAUUAAUUAGUAAAAGAAUAAUCAUAUGAUAAAAAUAAGUUUCAGAUUCUUCAAACCGUUUAUCUCAUGUCGGCGGAAUGCAGUCGGUAAGAAUUUGUGAUUUAAUUUUUCUGAUGAAAUUUUUUGCAGGCAUCUGUUAUGACUGUGCAAUCAAGAUUUAUUUCCUGGUUAACUUAUAUUGGAGCAAAGCUUUGCGACGAAAUCGGCAAAGAAGCAAAAGUGGGUUUCAAAAAAUGAAUCUGAUUUUUACCAACCUGCAAUCGAGUUUCAGAUGGUUCGUCUCAAACACGAGAUAGCCAUUCUAAAUCUGGAGCUGCCAGCGAAAUGCUGGAUUCCAUUUUCAAACGACCAUUUCGCCAUCCGGAUCCCGCCGGAGGAGUGCUGUGUCCUCAACAGCAAGGACAAAGUAUGAUUGACACAUGUCUCCGUUUGGCAUAUGCUCCUCAAUAAUAGGCGCCUUACAUCUUGUAUGUGGAGGUCAUGCGAGGUCCCGCAAACCAACUGAUGAACAAGGAUUCUCAAAUCAUCAGCAAAAUCAAAAACAGUGUAAAUGUGAGUUCAACUCAACUUUUCAAAUGAUUGAGAAUUUUCAGCCAGACGCAUCGUUCACAGAAGCUUUGGACCAAACGGGCGAGUAUCUGCGCAACUUGAGAGUGCUAUUAAAUCUAAUAAUAGAACAAUAUUUUUUUUCGUGUCAGAUGCGCAAUGACCCGGAAGAUCCAUCAGCAGCCGCUUUGAGCGAACCUUGGAUGGACAAGAAGCAAAGAAUUCGGAACGGAAGUCCUUACGGCAGUCUUCCUGAAUGGGAUGUCAUACCUGUGAUUGUCAAAACUGGAGACGAUCUCGCUCAAGAACUUUUUGCUUACCAACUUCUCUGUACAUUCAAAGUAAUUUUCAGUUCAUUUGAUUAUUUUGAUAUUUGUGAUAAAAAUGGAGUUCUCCGCAGUUUCAAUCUCGUCCAAACAAAUUUGAAUACUUAGCAGCCCGAUAUUGCUUUAUAAUAACUUUGCACAAAAUUUUUAUAUUUUUCAGCCACUGCUCCGUCGGACAAAUAUAUUUUUUUUCAGCAAAUCUGGGAAGAUGAAGGUGUUCCUCUACGCGUAAGACCUUACAAAAUUGUUGUCACUUCGCCAAAUUCCGGAAUGAUAGAGCCUAUAAUCGAUGCUUGCUCGUUACACCAGGUAAUACGCAUCAACUAAGUUCAUAAAAAAACAAGCUUUCAAGAUCAAAAGAAGUCAAGUCAGCGCGAUUCCAGGAAAAAUAAGCCUUCUUUCUUACUUCAUUCGCAUGUUCGGUCAAGUUGGACGAGACCGCUUCAUAAUGUUUUUGUUUUCCUGAUUUUUUUCUAAAUAGCUUCAAACUUUCAGCGCUCAGAAAAAAUUUAUUGAGAGUUGUGCUGCAUAUUCUUUGAUUUGCUACUUCCUUCAAUUGAAAGACAGGUGUUGAACUCAGUUUGGUUUUUGUUUUGACCUUCCGAGUUACAGACACAACGGUAACAUUCUGAUAGAUUCAGAAGGACACUUGAUUCACAUUGACUUUGGUUUCCUUUUAUCUUCGUCUCCGAAAAAUCUUGGAUUCGAGAUGUCUCCAUUCAAAUUGACCACUGAACUCAGUGAGUUUGAGAGAUAGAAAAGGGUGGAAAGUUGAUAUUGUUUUUAGUCGAAGUGAUGGGCGGCCUGGACUCGGAUAUGUUCCUCUACUUCAAAAGCCUGCUUCUCAGAGGCCUGAUAACAGCUAGAAAGCACCACGAGCGAAUCGUGACUCUUGCAGACAUAAUGAGCACAGGUGACCUACUCCAGAAAGGAAAACUCAAAUCCAAGGUUUAUCACAGGUUCAAACAUGCCCUGCUUCCGCCUGGGCGCAGACACUGUUCGCGCUCUGAGGCUCAGAUUUCAUAUAUCAUACACUGACGAGCAACUGACUUCUUUGGUUCGUUUUUUUUUUCAUUUGUUGCAAGAUUUCAAACGGUUUGAUUUUUUUUUGUUUUGUUCAUAGCAGUGUUCAUUGGAUUGUUCUGCAAAAGGACAAAAACGUACUUUCACGUGUUAGGUCUUUUUCAAGUUUUUAAUGAGAGGAAACUUUGGAAAAAUGCGCCAAUCGCCUAAAGUCAUAAAAAUCAUUCUAAAGGGUCAUUUCAUAAAUACCAAGAAUGCUAUGAAAUUGAUUUUUUUCAGACUUAAAGAGUUACAUUAAAAAAAUAUCUACUCUCAGUAUCAGGAAACUUCACAAUUCUCAGUUUGAUAAUUUUUGUUUGGGAAAGAAAUAAGUUUAAUUACCCAGACUUUUUUUCAAUUUUAUAUCAUAAAAAAAUUUGAAAAAUUUGUUUCAGGUCAGCGACAUGGUUGAAUCGAGCCGAGAUUCCAUAACGACUCGACUCUACGACAAUUUUCAGUAUUACACAAAUGGCAUUUUGUAA